UUUAAGGGCCUAGGGGGAGCUUGUGAUCCCGACCGUUAGAUGUAGUGUAGCGUUGCUAUGCCCCUGUCAGCUGUGGAGUAUGGUGCGGUUCGGCGCGCCUCUAGGCCGGGGCAGGGGUCUUUACCGGCUGUCUUGGCGCGGCCUGCCCCCUCGCCUACCUCUCCUAGGCUAGCUUGUGCCGGCAUCAGUCUUCAACCCUAGUUUCUCGUUACAACUACUCUAUACCUACAGUAUGAGCAAGAAAAAGAAGACUCAAACUAUCACGGGCCAGGGUUUCUCAGGCACUUCAGCCCUGAGCGCUAACGAUAUCGAGAACCUCUCGGUAGACGGUUUUGGUAAUCCUGCAGAAACCCUAUUACAAGAUAUCAACUGGAGCGGAGAAAUAGUAGCCAUGUUGGGACUGAGGUUGUCCCCAGACAAUCUCCGAGUGACCUCCAGCUCCUUGUUCCUGUUAGGCUCUCUCUUCAAGGAGAAACGAGUGUUCGUCACAAAAACUUGGACCUUUUCCGCCCCUACUUCUCUCACGAUCACCAUCCCUAACGCUAAUAUCUUUACCUUCCAGAAUGGUAACCUCUACUCCGACUACCUGGACUCCUCAGCCUGUACUUUCAGUUUCUCUCAAAACGGUUCCAUUCUAGCCUCAGACUCCCUGGCGUCCUACAACUGCAAAGGGUUUUGUUUAAGGGCCCACCUGGCCCCCAUCAGUGGAACCUUCCUCAACCUUUGGAUUACCCUUUACCCGUUCUCGAAAGAUGACCUUCUAGCUCAUUAUCCAGCAGCCUCAAACCCUGCCUUCCCUGGUUUAAAAGUGCUCGCCGUAGACAUCCCUUUCGCCCCCUUAAGCUCAGGCCCCCCUUUGAACAAGAACUGGGGUUGCCCCUUCACUCCUGCAAUCUUACUAGGGAAAGAUUUAGAAGACGACAGCUCUUUUCCUGCCAACAGAAUCCUCAUUUCGGCAAUCGCCGAAACCCUCAGGAAAGCAGUAUUCCCCGAAGUCCUCUCCUCAGCUCCUAAGCUGAGAGAACGCUACGCUGAUAUCUCAGAACAUGGUUUCUCUCAACUGAAAUCCCUCACCCUAGACUUCAUCUGGCCAGUUCCUGAGUCACCUUUCUCCGUCACUGCUUCCAGCUCAGGUAUUUGGUCCUUUCCCCUCGAAGCUGCUAGCAAGAUCCUUUACAAAUUAAAAGUUCCCUAA